UGUUCUAAAUUCCCUAUGUAUCUUUAUAGUGGAAGGACUUUUAUUAUGAACGUGCGCCGUUAGUUGACGUUAGUUUCCGCUAUUCCGCCUUACUUUCACUUUCACCAGUCGCUUGCUCCGCCUUUUCUUCAGGUGUUAUUGUGCGUGAUUGAAUGUAAGUUUAUUUUAUCAUUCCUGAUUAUAAGCCACCGACGUUUAGUUAAUCGUUGUGUUUAAGUAUUCAUCUUGUGUAAUCGAACCUUACAUUGUUUCUAAUGUUGUUAUAUUUAAGAUAUACGGUGAUUCAAAUUGUAUGCUCGCUACUGUUAAUCCUCUCCUCGUCAUGUUGAUUCAUGUAUAAUGUAUCAGUAGCAGGUUGUUAUUUACAUGUCUGUAAUUUACAUUUAGCAGAUGUAAACUGAUAUUUACUUUAUUCUGUUUAUUUCAGAAAGACCACAUUUAACACUCUGUGACCCUAAGUUGUACAAUAUCCAAUCCAUUGCAGCAAUGUUGUGCCAUCUGCUCUGAACAGUUAAAUACUUCAGAUAAACCAGUCGCUUUCUCCCUUUAAUAUAAUCUAAUCACUACAGCUGUCAAUCAGUGGCAGCACGAUUGACUACAUUGCUCAGCGUGUACUGCACCGAGUCAAAAUAGUCUUGGUUAUUGGACAAGUCUUGUCACCAUCUGGCCCGCACCCACACCACACCCUACACAUAAAUAUUAUUCUACCCAUUACAUCAAACAUUAACGAUUCACCUGCAUGUACCUGCCGCAUGCAGGACUCUGGCUUCCCCCUUGUGGACAACAUAAUAGACUCCCCUAGAGAGCGAUUGUAAAUUAAGUUUACAUGAAAUAUGUUUGAAAUUUCAUUCUGCAUCUUCUGAGAUUUCAUUGUAAUCCUUCUCAUAAAGUCACUGAAUUAACCGUUAACUGUCCACCUGAUUGCGUUGCCGUCUGCGUGUGAUGUUAGAGCAUUGUUGAAAGAGAACAAGAAUGUAUUGGAAACACACCACCUGAGGCGAACAUAACAAGAUUCUUUAAAGAAUAAUGGAGCCCAAACAACACUGAACCCAUGGCUUUCAUUUUAUGGACAAACUUACUUUAAGAUUUGCUUUCAUUUGCUCAUAAAGACCCUCCCCUUUGCGAAGCUAUAAAAUGAGCUCUGAAACAGGCUCGUCAUUUCAUUCACCUCCUGAUCAAAGAUGGAUCUGCAGAUCUCAGUUUUUCUUCUGUUCAGUCUUUUCACUGCAGGACACUCUUUCAGCUGUUAUGAGUGCAUGGCGGCUUCUUGUGUAAAUCAAAAUGUAAAAACAUGUCCCAGUGGAUCUUCUAAGUGCAUGAGUUCAACAACAGUGAUACAAGUUGGAGACAUUCGUGAUAAAUGGAAGGUUAAAGCCUGUGCUGCUGACUGUGUAAGUGGAUCCAUGAACAUCGGCAUUGUAAAGACGUCUUCAGUGUGCUGUGACACAGACCGGUGUAACAUUCAAGACGCUCCAGAUCCCUCUAAUGUCCUCAAUGGAAAGAAAUGUUACUCUUGUGAUGAGAAGAGCUGCUCAAACAUAUUGAGCUGUUCAGGAAGUGAAGACCGCUGCCUUAAAGCAACAGGGACUAUUGGUGGCCAGUCAACAGUUAAAGGCUGUGUCUCUAAAUCUAUUUGUGAUGCUGAAACAUCGUUGUUGAGAGGUGUUGAGAGGAUCUCAUGCUGUGAGGGGAACCUGUGUAACGGUGCUCAGAGCGUCACUCAGAGCUUCCUGUUCCUCUGCUGUUCUCUGCUCUCCUUCAUCCUGCUGCACUGAAUCCAGCAGCUCUUCACAGUCUACAAUCAGACACACUGUACUGAAUAGAGAGCUUGUACUUUCUCUGUAUGAUGUAUCUUUGUGUGUUGAUAUGAUUUUUUACUGUGACAUUUUAUGAAUUAAAACACUACAAUUAAUA